AAAAGAAAAACGAAAAUACUUCGUAUUUGGCAGCCGAAAGCACUUCCCAUGGAUCGAAGCUUGGAUUCCAUUGGCAGCUGUUCGUUAGAUGUUGAUGCGGAUUCAUCCGAUAUAUCAGAUACCAGCGGCAGUCUCAACUUUCCCACACCGCUUUCAGUUAAGGACAUAACACGCGAAUUUACGGCGAAUAUUAAAGAGCGUUGCACUCUGCGGUCGCCGCAACAACACCAACAACUGCAGCAUCAGCAACUGCACCAACAACAACAACUGCCACUGCCUUUGCAGCUGCAGCGGACAUUCACCACAACCGCCUACGUCAAUCUGGAUCAGCGAACGGGCGGUGUUCGCAUGGUGCUGUCACCGCCUGCCACCAGCGACUUGGUCGAUGUCGAUUCGCAGGAUCAACAACAGCAACAACAACAACAACAGCACAGCAACAGCCUCAUUGUGGAUGCCGCAGAGAAGAAGCCGAGCUAUUUGAAUCUGGCCUGUUGCGUUAAUGGCUACUCAAAUCUAACCACCUACGACUCGAAAAUACGCCAGGACAUCAACAAGUCGCGUGAGGUCUCGCCCAUUCGUCCCUCAACGAGCAGUCUGCAGUAUUGCAAGCGCAACAAUCAGCUGGCAGCGCCGGUCCUGCACACAAUGCCGCUGACCAAGCAGCCGGCCACAACGGCCAUGGCCGGCAAAUACAACGAAACAAACAACAACGGCAAUGGCAGUAGUAAAAACGGCCAUUUGGAGAACGGAGAUUUGGCCUAUUGCAAUGGGGGCGAGCCGAGCAAAUCGGCGACUGCCACCAGCAGCUUUAUACAGCAGCGCGUGGAGAGGCUGUACGGGCCGGGCGCGCUGGCUCAGGGUUUCUACAGUCCCAAAAAGCAGAGCUCAUCGAGUGCGAAGCAACAACAGUUGAAUAAACACCAGCUGGAUUCGCCCAGCUCGACGGAGCUGUCACGCAAAUUCAAGCAAUUGUCGCCCAGCAAGGAUUACGGCGAAUUCCGGAAGAAACUGCAAAGCAAUUGCACACGCUCCCAAUCCGAGCAGCCGGUCAGCAAGACGAACAGCAGCCAGGCGCCAAUACAGAAUGGCGACACGGAUUUGCCAGUGUUUCGUCACCUGAGCCACGAAUUUCGUGCCCAGCUGCCGACGGUGUCGCCCAAGCGGACGGUGCAACGUGUCGCUAACGGCGCUGAUGAUGAUCAGGUGGAUUACUUGAAGCCGGCGAACACCGAGGAGUACAUGAGCACCACCAAGAUACGCACCGCUGGCGCUGGCAAGGACAAUGGCGGUGAGGUGCAGCCGAGUCCUGCUGUGAGCGAGGAGAGCAAAACUGUGGUCAAGGAUGGCAAUUACUUCCUCAAGAUACUCAAGGAUGAACAGAUACGUCUGAUAGCGCUGGCCGCCGUUGCCGAGAAGUAUAUAGAUGCCUUGACUAACAAUCCUGACAUAACGGAGGACACGUUUGGCCUGCUGCGCUCCGCUGCGGGCAAGGCCCGACUGCUGGCCUCACAGAAAAUGAAACAGUUUGAGGGUCUGUGUCACAACAAUUUGAAUCGCUCGCCGGAGGAUGCAUUUCCUACAACCGUAGAUGAUUUACAGGGCUUCUGGGACAUGGUCUAUUUGCAGGUGACGCACGUGGAUAGCAUAUUUGCCGACAUCGAGAAACUGAAGAGCAAUGACUGGCAGCACAUUGCUGAGCCCGCUGAGGAAGUAUCGACGGCGCCUGUUAAGAUAACAAAAUUGAACACAAAGACUGGCAAUGCGAAGGCGAAAGGUGCGGGCACGGGAACUGCAGCCGCUCUGGGACCAUCGAAUGCUGUUGCGGCCAUGAAGCGGGAGGCGCAACGUAAACAAUUGCUGGAAAUGAAGCGUCUGCGACGCGAGCAACUAGCUGCAGCAGCCAAAAAUCAAGCGGCCUGUGAUGAGGGGGCAAACAUUGGUGAUACUGUGAAUAAUACCGUGAAGAACAGCAGCGACCACAGCAGCUGAAUUGUGCUGAACCAAUACAA